AUGGAACACGACCGACAACCGCGCAGCCCAUCUUCGACGGGCUUCUCGUCGGGCCUCGAGUCGGCCUACUCGCCCAGAAGCGGCACCUCGAGACACUCGCACUACUCGCUCUCGCGCACGCCGACGCCGAGCCCACCACCGCCAGGCGGCGAUGACGACGACGACGACGAUGACAACGAUACGCCGGCACAGAGGCUCACGCGCGCCGAGAUUGGCGGGUACGCUGCGCUCCUCUCUGGCCUGCGGGAGCGCGACGCGUCCGGCCUCGCCCAGCGCCUGAUAUCAGGCCUGCCGCGGUGGGCGCACCGCUCGGUCUCGCCUGAAGAAGAAGAGGACGAGUUAGUGAGCAGCAGUGCCGCGCCGUCGUCCCAGCCCGCGUCGCCGAGCACGCCGGCGCGCGUGUCCUCCGCCGCGCCGUCGGUUCUGUUCUCGCCCACGGCGUCGACGUCAGCUGCGUCAUCGGCGCAGCCGCUGGACGCGGCGACGCGCUGGCCACUACAUCCGUCCGAGCUCCCGCCGGCCCCGGCGCUCGGGGACGCGCUCGCCGACGCCGCGAGCCGGUUGGUUCACCGGGGCGCGCUGACGCUUCCCCGUCCACCGGUCGGCCCGAUCCGCACUGCAAGCAAGCGGAAACAUGUGCCCGAGCCGGCGUCGCAGGACGACCUCGGCGUCGCGCCAGAGGUCGCGCAGGUCGUCGCACAACGCGUGUCGAUGGUGCUGGAUCGCACGCUCGCGAGCCUCGCGGCCAUGCAGGGCGUCAGCCUUGCGCGCGAUCGCAAGGUCAUGCGCUGGCCUGUGGUGCUUGCUGCCGCUAGCAUGGUCGCGGACCAGCGGGUGGUGGAGAGCGCGACGGCACGCCUCAACGCCAUCUUCAAGGCGGACGAACGGGCCGACGGCGAGCUGCUGCGCCACCGGCUCGACGCGGCGCAAGACGUCCGCGCUGCGUCGCGCGCCGACGCACGCGACAUGCUCGACACGCUGUACGCCGUCCCGCCGCUCGCUGCCCGCCCCGCCAAGGGCCGCAGCCACCGCAAGCCUGAAGACGUCGCGGCCAUGACGGCCAAGCAGGAGGCACGCGAGGCCAAGCGCCAGAAGAAGAAUGAGCUCGAGGAUGCGCGCCGCGCCGCGCGCGAGGCGAGGCGCGAGGCCAAGCGCCUCAAGGAGAAGGAGAGGCUCCGAAAGUACCACGCAAAGUAG